AUGGUCAAGCUCAGAGUGCCCCUUCGUCAAGUGUUGCGGCCGCGUGACCUGACCGUCAUCAUCAAUAAACGCCACCUCAAAGUCGGCGUUAAGGGUCAACCGUUGAUCAUAGAUGGCGAGCUGGACGCUGACGUCAAAGUAGAGGAGUCAACUUGGGUGCUACAGGAUGGGCGGAAUCUACUCGUAAACUUGGAGAAGGUAAACAAAAUGAACUGGUGGGGCCGUCUCGUUACAACUGAUCCCGAAAUAUCUACAAGGAAAAUUAACCCAGAACCAUCGAAGCUCUCAGACUUGGACGGAGAAACUCGCGGAUUAGUCGAGAAGAUGAUGUACGACCAGCGGCAGAAGGAAAUGGGCCUCCCAACCAGUGACGAACAAAAGAAGCAAGAUGUACUUAAAAAGUUUAUGGAACAGCACCCAGAAAUGGAUUUCUCUAAAUGCAAAUUUAAU